AUGGGCGACUUAUAUACACUGAUGGCGACAGCACUUCUCUUUAGCACAAUAUUUUGGCUGUACCUACGCGCUGCUUCAGCAACGAGUGGGUUACCGGAUAUAUUCGUUCCUAGUACAAGUGGCUAUUUGUGUAGUAUGACAAUCUUCGAUAUUAAAUUCCUGAAAGAAGAAGCUGGGCGAGCUUUUAAGAAAUUUACACACCAAUCAUUUCAGAGUGAUUUUCCCGCCCUAUUUGAGGACUCGUACCUAUUCGGUAAAUUCGAUGAAAUUCUUCUGGCAUGGCCUCUUUCGUUUCCCGGAGUACCUUAUGAAAAUAGAGUACCUGGGAAUUAUCGUAUCAUCAUAGAUUCCAAUGGCGAAGUAAUAGGUGUGGUGACUGUAAUCUAUCCUGAAAAAGUAUUACAACAAAAGGAGUUUCGCAGGUGUACACCAAUACACAGCUUUAAGGAUGGAAAAGAUGACAAAGCUAAACUACACACCAAGCAGUUGGAGCGGAGAUUUCGUUUCAUGGGAUACUCAUGCAAUGGAGAAUUUCUAGAGGAGAGAGCUUUUAGCAAAAACCUGGAUUUAAUUAGGAUAUCGAAUCUAAAUAGUAAAACUAGAUUCACCUGGGCGAAAAAAAUUAGCAGAUAUGAUGGCAAAGAAUUUACUGGGAAUAAUCUCCUCGGGUUUCCUUUGCGGAAGUUGGAUUCCAGUAACAAAACAAAUGGCCCUCUUGACACACAUCGAAUAAUUUUUCAACGCGGAAAAGAUAAUGAAAUUUUAGUUAAGGGGGUUGUAAGCAAAAGCAGAAACAAAAGCAGCCCUGGGAAACAGUGUCCUAAAUUAUGGGAUUUAUCACCAUUAUUGGAAAUAACUCCUGACGUCUCUUCUCCAAUUUCUCGUAAAAUAAUAUUGGCGAAUAACGACGGAACCUUCACCUGCGCCAAGCAAGAGUUAAAUAUAUCAACAAUCCUGCUGCAAGUGCCUGUUGGAAUGAUUCAGGCGGAAAAAACAACAAAACCUAGCGAUGAAAAGUAUCCCAUUCUACAGAAUAAUGCUUUGUGGCUCUGGCCCAUACGCCUCCCAGAGUCGUAUCGAUGGAGUUUAGAGAAGUUGUUUGCAAUAGGUUAUAGCCUAGAAUUUCAAGUUGUUGGAUUGUUUUUUACCGAUAAUACCGACGAGAAAAAUCCAAGGUUCUAUGAAUGUGGAAAGAACGAAUUAAGUCUGUUAGCUUUUUGA